AUGGAGCACAACACCUUGAUGAAUAUUUUUAACACAUUUUUAGAAAACGGGAACCUAACUCCAGUUCUUUUCUUUGCGGAAUUCUUCUGGCCAUGUAUUCUGUUUAUGAUUCUGACAAUUCUUCGCUUUCAAGAACUUCCCAGACAUCGAGAAACAUGUUAUUUGAAACCCCGAGAUCUGCCCAGCCGUGGUAUUUUCCCUUUUAUUCAAAGUCUUCUUUGCAACACUGGGUCGAGGUGCAGUAACAUAAGCUAUGCUAGGUCAACAGAGCAUUCGUUUAUUUAAAAUUCAUUUAGAUCCUGGGCUGCUGACAAGAAGGUCAAAGACUUGGUCUUCUUAAAACAUAUACAGGAGCUUACAGAGGAUGUCUAUGAAAUUAUGGACAAGGCAAAAAUUUUAGACAAUAUUUGGGAAGAAAGAUACAAGGCUCCAGGUUCUUCUUACAGUUCCAGCUUUUUAUCAAUGGAACUCAAUAAGACUGAGGAGGUGAUAUUGAAAUUGGAAGACCUUCAUCAGCGAACCUAUAUUUGGGACUUCCUACUUUUAUUACCGAGAGUAUAUAAAAAUACUGUUCAUGUUGAAGAUGGCCUUCAUGGUAUAGUGGAUCUUCUCCGGGCAGUGUUAAAUUCCUUAACAGCUCUGGAAGACUUAGAUUGGCUGCCACUCAACCACACUUUAUUAACGGCUUCUGAAAUUAUGCUGAACAUGACAAUUUCAACACUGGCAUUUCUUCAGAAAUAUGGAUUAGCAUCUGCUAAGUCAGAAUCCAACUUUUCCUUGCGUAAUAUGGUUUGGGAUCCACAGAAGGUCCAGAGAGACUUGGAAUCCUCAUUUGACUUUGAUAACCUUCAUGUUGAACAAAUUCUAAAUUAUUCAACUGAACUACAAGAGGUAUUUGAUCAAUGGCAUCAAGGUAAACCAAUGCAGAUGGUAUUUGAUGAAACUGAACACAAAAUGGAGUCAUUCAGGAAUCAGUCUGAGGAAAAUAAUCAGCUAUGGAAGGUGCCAGAUGUUUUGCAUGAUAGCCUUCUUCUUCUGGACAGUUUGACAGCAGAGAGCUCCAAAGGCAACCAUACAUCUCCAAAGAAUGUGUCUGCAAUGUGUCAGGAUUUCAGGCAGUCUUUAAAGUCCCCAGAAACAACCAUAACUCAGCAGAAAGUGCAGUUGUUGAUUCUGAAAAUGAUCUUGAUAUUUGCAGAAAACUAUGUCUUAACGAAGAAUACUCUGUGUGUUUCUCUGAUUUGCCAGCAAGAUGACAUAAGGCAUCUCAUUAUAUAUGCUUUACAAGGAGUCACGUUGGUGUAUGACCACUACACAGAAAUGGAGAAGAUUUGGUUUUCUUCUCAUCAAAUAAAUUGUGAAGAUCUUAGCAGAAACAUUUCUAGAACAUUGAAGAGCUUCAAGGACAUGUUGAAAAAUGCCACUGAUCAGAAUUGUGAAUGUAAACCUUCACUAGACAAUGUUCAGCUUCACAUGUACAGGUUUAUUCAAAGCCUUGGGAAAAUUUUAUUGUCAAGAUACCCCAUGAAGGCAUUUAUAAACAAUUUCACAGGAAUGGGGGAUAUAAAAGUAAAAGAUUUAAUGAAGAAUAUCACCAAGCUAACCGAAGAGCUUCAAUCUUCCAUUCAUAUCUCAAAUGAAACUCUAAGUAAUGUUUUAGAAGCUAAUGUUUCCCAUUCACAGGUUAUCUUGAGUGCCCUCACUAUAGCUUUAUCUGGAAGAUGUGACUGGAACAUGCUUUAUCUCCUGCUGGAGUUUCCCGAGACUAACACUUCUUGGUUUGCAAUAAAAGAACUGUGUGGCAUGCCUGCAUCCAAAGUGUAUUCGCUCAUUAUAUUGAUGAGUCGGAACCUGAACCUUCGAAAUGUCCUUUACAAAACUAUGAUCCCUCUAGAUGCCAGUGGCAUGCUUGGCUCCCUCUUGGACCUCGUUUCCAGCCUCAACCGCCUGCUUUCAAAAGCUGGCCGCACCCUUGAAUACCUUCCUGAAUUUCUUCACUCGUUCCAAAUCACUUCCUUGCUAGAUAAGUCCAACUUCCAACAGGUCCCACAAGAUAAUCAGGCCAGAAAUUCAGCCUUUGGUUUAUUUCAGUCUGUGAUGAAGAUGAUUUGCAAGGAAAAAGGGUCUUUCUUGAGCAAUACUAACACAUUUAUUGACCUGCCUAGAGUUGAUGAACUUUUGGAAGAUGACAAAGAAAAGUUCCACAUUCCUGAAAACUCAACACUCUUUUGCUUGAAGCUUUAUCAGGAAAUUCUACGGUUUCCAAAUGGUGCUUUGAUCUGGUAUUUCCUAAAGCCCAUAUUACAUGGAAAAAUAUUGUACACACCAAACACACCAGAUAUUAAUAAGGUCAUCCAAAAGGCUAAUUAUACUUUUAAUUUUGUGGAUAAGUUUAAGGCUUUAACCCAAAGAUUGCUAAAAAUGUCGUCUAUAUUUGGAAGCAAUGGAAAUGAUCAGAUGCUAAACAAACUGCAGGAAGUCUUAAGAAACAAAUUUAUAAGAAACUACAUAGAAAAUCAGUUACACAUUGAUGUAGACAAACUUAUUGAAAAUCUCCAAAUGUUUGGAGAGAUGUUCCAUGAGGCAUUGAACAACACAGGUGCUGGAGACAUCAGUUUCCUUGGCCACAUCUUGGUUAAUCUCUCUUCUUGUGUGUCAUUAAAUCGUUUUCAGCCCAUGGACUCUGUCACCGUCCUAAACUCUAAAGCUCGGGAAUUCAUGCAAAAAAACGAUUUCUUGGCCAGUAUCAUUUUCAACAAGUCUUCUGCUGAUAAGAACUUCACAUCAGAAUCUCUCCAGCUGCCAAGCAAUAUCACAUACACAAUUCGGACCAGUGUGCUCUACAGCUUCAGGACUGAUGUGGUGAAAAAUCCGUUUUGGAAGUUUCAUCCACAGAGCCUCCCGACUGAUGGAUUCAAAUACAACUAUGUAUUUGUCCCAUUGCAAGACAUGAUCGAAAGAGCCAUCAUUUCUGUGCAAACUGGGCAAGAAGCCACGGAGCCAGGCACGCAGGCACAGGCAAUCCCAUAUCCCUGUCACACCAGUGACCUAUUCUUGAACAACAUCGGGAUCUUUUUACCUCUUAUUAUGAUGCUUACAUGGAUGGUGUCGGUUGCCAGCAUGGUUCGAAAGUUGGUUUAUGAGAGAGAGAUCCAGAUAGAAGAGUACAUGAAGAUUAUGGGAGUGCACCCAAUAAUCCAUUUUCUGGCUUGGUUCGUGGAGAACAUGGCUAUGUUGACUUUGAGCAGUGCUAUGCUGGCCGUCAUACUGAAAACAACUGGCAUCUUUGCACACAGCAAUGCUUUCAUUAUUUUUCUCUUUAUUCUCAAUUUUGGGGUAUCAGUUGCCAUGCUAAGUUACUUCUUGAGUGCAUUUUUCAAUCAAGCAAAUACAGCGGCUCUGUGUACAAGCCUAAUAUAUAUGAUCAGUUUUUUGCCUUAUAUUGUUCUGCUGAUUCUACAUAACCAAUUGAGUGUAGUCAUUCAGACAUUUCUGUGCCUGCUUUCUACCACUGCCUUUGGACAAGGAAUAUUUUUUAUUACAUUCUUAGAAGGGCAAGAAGCAGGAAUUCAGUGGAGUAAUAUAAAUGAAGCCCCAGAACAAGGGGGUAUGACAUUUACCUGGGUUUCCUGCAUGAUUUUACUUGAUUCGGGUCUUUAUUUUUUAUGUGGAUGGUAUCUCAGCAACUUGAUUCCUGGUACUUUUGGUUUAAGAAAGCCAUGGAAUUUUCCCUUUACUGAGUCCUAUUGGAGGAAUAUAUGUGGUUUGAUGCAGAAAAGGCCACACAUGCUAUCUUCCAAUCUGUUCUUCAAUGAGAUGUUUGACAUAAAAGGGUCAUCGUUGCAAAAUAUGAAAGGAAAGCUUGAAGAUUGUCCCCCAAGUGUUGCGCUGGUAUCUGUUACUAAGAAGUAUAAAUACAACAAAGCCAUUGAUAAUCUCACUCUUACUUUUUACCAAAACCAGAUUACUGCCCUGCUGGGAACCAAUGGUGCUGGAAAGACAACUGUCAUAUCUAUGCUGACUGGACUGUAUCCUCCUUCUUCUGGAAGCAUCAUCAUUAAUGGCAAGAGCCUGCAGACAGACUUGUCUUCCAUCAGAACCGAGUUGGGGGUGUGUCCUCAGCGGGAUGUCCUGUUUGACAACCUCACUGUGUUGGAGCAUCUGCUGCUGUUUGCUUCUAUAAAAGCACCACAAUGGACCCAAAAGGAGUUGCAACAGCAAGUCAACAAAACUCUCCAGGAUGUUGGUUUAAUUCAGCAAAAGCACAAACAAAUCCAUGCUCUUUCUGGAGGUAUGAAGAGGAAACUCUCCAUUGGAAUUGCUUUCAUUGGUCACUCCAGGGUUGUGAUUCUAGAUGAGCCCACCAGUGGGGUGGAUCCUUGCUCUCGUCGCAGCAUCUGGGAUAUUCUUCUCAAGUAUAGAGAAGGUCGAACAAUCAUCUUCACGACCCAUCACCUGGAUGAGGCUGAAUCCCUCAGUGACCGUGUGGCGAUUCUGCAACAGGGGCAGCUACGUUGCUGUGGGUCUCCCUUUUACCUGACUGAGACUUAUAGCAAGGGGUUUAGCUUAACACUCACAAAACAGACUUCUGUUAUGGAGGAGCAAGAUCCAAAAGACAUAUCUUGUGCCACAUCUCUGAUACAGAGUUAUAUCCCACAAGCACUUCUCAAGGACACCAGUGAUGGGCAGAUAACCUACACCAUCCCCAAUGACGUGGACAGAAUUGGGUUCCAAGGACUCUUCCAAGCUCUGGAUCAAAAUCUCCAUCAGUUGCACCUAACAGGCUAUGGGAUUUCAGACACCACUCUAGAAGAGGUGUUUUUGAUGCUUAUGCAAGAUACCGAAAAGAAAAUUGACAUAACUCCAGAAUCCAAGUCGGAACUGCAAUCCCACAUGCCUGAACAGAGCACAGCUAGCCACUAUGGUGCUCCUAUGGUGACGCCACACAUCCAGGGUAUCCAUCUGCUUCUGGAACACAUGGCUGCCCUCCUUAGGAAGAGACUUCUUCACACGUUCAGGGCCUGGAAACGCACUCUCUCUGACCUACUGUUGCCAGUCCUCUUUGUAGCCUUGGCCAUGGCUCUGUUUAUGGUGAAACCUUUGGUCGUUGAGUACCCAUCCCUCAAACUAACACCUGGCCAUUAUGAAAGAGCAGAAAGCUACUUUUUCAGCAAUGAGGGCCAAGACACAAAAUUUGCUCACAUACUUUUGAGGAAGUUUAGAGACCAGGACCUGCUCUGUGCUGACUCAAACCCAGACAUGAUGAAUUCUUCAUGCUGGCAUACUGAUCCCAUUUCUCACUAUGUUUCUUGUGGCUGUCUGCAAUGUACAAACAGAAGUGCUCCUUACCUAACCAAUCACCUAGGUCAUACUCUGCUAAACCUAACAGCCUUUAACUUGGAGGAUUAUUUGUUGAUGCCACAUAAAAAACCAAGGCUUGGCGGUUGGUCUUUUGUGGUGAAAAUACCAGACGAAGUUAAUGACUCCAACUCAAAAAGAUCAAAACAAAUACCUUUAGAAAAGGUGUGGUAUAAUCAGAAGGGCUUUCAUUCUCUCCCUUCAUACUUAAAUCAUCUAAACAACAUUAUAUAUUGGAGAUUUUUACCUCCUGGGGUGGACUGGAAACAAUAUGGAAUAACCCUGUAUAGCCACCCAUAUGGGGGAGCAUUGCUGAAUGAAGACAAGAUCCUGGAGGGUAUUCGACAAUGUGGAGUGGCCCUCUGCAUUGUGCUGGGCUUUUCUAUCUUAUCUGCAUCAAUUGGUAGCUCUGUAGUGAGAGACAGGGUGACAGGAUCCAAGCGGUUGCAGCACAUUAGUGGCCUGGGCUACAGGACUUACUGGAUCACUAAUUUCCUCUAUGACUUGCUCUUUUACUCGAUUUCCGUCUGCCUGUGUGUUGCUGUUAUUGUCGCCUUUCAGUUAUCAGCUUUUACUUUUCGUGAGAACUUGGCAGCCACAGCCCUCCUGCUGGCACUUUUUGGAUAUGCAACUCUCCCAUGGCUGUAUCUGAUAACCAGGAUCUUCUCCAGUCCAGAUAUUGCUUUCAUUUCUUACGUGUCUUUGAACUUCAUCUUUGGUCUCUGCACCAUGCUGAUGACGAUCGUGCCCCGAUUAUUGGCAAUCAUUUCCAAAUCUCAGUAUAUGCAGAACAUUUAUAAUGUGCUGAAGUGGGCCUUCACUAUUUUCCCUCAAUUUUGUCUGGGUCAGGGACUAAUAGAACUCUGUUAUAACCAGAUAAAAUUUGACUUGACUCAUAGUGUCGGUAUGGAUUCCUAUGUUAGUCCCUUUGAAAUGAAUUUCCUGGGCUGGAUCUACGUACAAUUGUUUUUACAAGGCACUAUUGUUCUCAUCUUGAGGAUUCUCCUUCACUGGGAUCUUCUGCAGAAGUCAAGAGGUCACCCCAACCUCCAAGGCACAGUCACAUCUUCUAAGGAUAUAGAUGUUGAGAAAGAGCAAAUGAGAGUGCUGAAAGGAAGAACUGAUAGAGACCUCCUUGUGUUAUGCAACCUAAGUAAAAAUUACCGAAGCUUCCUCAAGAAAACUACUGCUGUGCAUGAUAUUUGUUUGGGCAUACCAAGAGGAGAGUGCUUUGGACUUCUAGGAGCAAAUGGAGCUGGGAAAACCACUACAUUCAAAAUGUUAAAUGGGGACAUCGCUCCAACUUCAGGCCAGGCCAUCGUCAGGAACUCUAUAGGAGAAGAUGUGGACCCCUCUUAUGCGGGCAAAGCAGGAGUUAGAAUAGGCUAUUGUCCCCAGAUGGAUGCCCUGGAUGAACUCCUAACUGGCUGGGAGCACCUCAGUUAUUACUGUAGACUUCGAGGAAUACCAAAAUCUUGCAUUCCUCAGAUAUCUGAGGAUCUUGUGCAGCGGUUGCAUCUGAAAGCUCAUGUGGACAAACCUGUGGCUACUUAUAGUGGAGGAACAAAGCGGAAACUCUCGACAGCACUGGCCAUGCUUGGCAAACCUGAUCUUCUAUUAUUGGAUGAGCCCAGCUCUGGGAUGGAUCCUUGCUCUAAGCGAUACCUGUGGAAAACAAUAAUGAAAGAGGUUCAAGAAGGUUGUGCUGCCGUACUGACUUCUCACAGCAUGGAGGAAUGCGAGGCUCUUUGUACACGGCUUGCCAUAAUGAUUAAUGGCAGCUUCAGCUGUCUUGGUUCUCCCCAGCAUAUUAAGAACAGGUUUGGUGAUGGCUAUACAGUUCGAGUUUGGCUCAAUAAAGAUACAGACCAAUAUAGAAAUGUUUCUGACUUCUUGAAGCUUCAUUUUCCAGAAAUUCAGUUUAAGGGGCAACGCCUUCAUUUAUUGGAAUAUCAUGUGCCCAAACGAUGGGUGUGCUUAGCCGAUCUUUUCACAGUUCUCGAGAGCAAUAAGGCCAUCUUGAAUAUCAAAUAUUACUCAAUUAAUCAAACCACUUUGGAUCAGGUAUUUAUUAAUUUUGCCACUGAGCAGCAGCAAAGUACACCUUCUACUCUCCACGUAUCUCCUGAUAAUUAUCAACCACGUCCCUUGCAGUAA